GCACCAGACAGAGAUUUCUAGCUUUCCUUCUGAAUGUAAAUGGGCCUUUAAGGAGGAUCAAACAUGAGCUACGAGUUGAAUUCUUCUUUAGAAGAGAUGGACUCUUUUCACCCCCUGGGAGUACAGAAAUAUAUUUUAUGUGGUUACUGAAGCUUUCUGUUUGCAAACAAAUUUACCUUGCUGCUCCACAAACAAUCUUGUGGUGGUCACAGGGGGAGUGUUAUGAGAGACCAAACCACCAAAGUCCUGUUUUGAAUCCAGCUCACAUUUGUAAAGCAUAUUUGCCCUCCGGAGCAGCCAGGGAACCAAUUGGACCAUUCUGGCACUACCUUGUGUUAAAUUCAGAAGAGCUCAAAUCAACAACAGGACAGAAAUGACUGGCACGAGAAUUGAGGCUGAGCUUCAGAGGAGGUGGAUGGUACUAAGUGAGGAGAGGGCUCCAGAAAGACAUCCGGCUGGGAAUGUCUGCAGGGAUAACCCCAAGGAGAAUACUUUGAUCUUCGGGCCUGCACAGGAGAGCUGGGAGGAGCUCCAUCGGGCAACCCAGAACGGCAACAUCCGCCUGGUGAAGCAGCUUUUACAACAAGGAGCUGGGACGGAGUGCAGGGAUCAGAACGGGUGGACUCCGUUGCAUUUGGCUUCCCUGAAUGGUUGCGUUGCUUUGGUGAAAUUCCUCGUCCAGCGUGGAGCAGUGGCCCAUGCCUGCAACAAGGCUUCCUACACGCCGUUGCACCACGCUGCUUGGGGCGGCCAUACCCAAGCAGCAGAAUUCCUCCUCACUCGGGACGUGCCAGCGAUGGCGGCGACCCAAGGAGGCCUAACCCCGCUGCACUGCGCGGCUGCCAACGGACACAUCUUGAUGGUGCAGCUGCUCUUGUGGCAUGGGGUGGAUCCUGCCAGCAUGGACAUGAACCAGUGGGCGGCCUUGCACUGGGCGGCCGCAAACAACCAACUGCACAUCAUGGACCUGCUGGUGUCCCAGGGCAUCAGUCCAGAUCUUGGUAGCAAGGAGGGAGUCACUCCGUUGCACGUAGCAGCCGAGGCUGGACGAAUUGAAGCGCUACGUUUCCUGCUAGCUAAGGGGGCCAAUGUGGAUGCUCAAGACGGUUUAGGAAGGACGCCCCUUUCUAUUGCUUCUAACAAUGGCAACCAGGCGAUUGUGAAAUUGCUACUCCAAAUCAAGGCAGAUGUGAACGUGACCGACUGCUACGGCUGCUCCGCUCUCCACAAAGCCGCGACUGCUGGACACCUGCCCGUCGUCUGCCUCUUGGUAGGAGGAGAUGCCGCUGGAGUUAACAGACGAGAUGGUCUGAAUCUGACUGCUUUGCACCGAGCAGCCAGCUGUGGUCAUAUCAGCAUCACCAGCUGCCUCCUGGACCAUGGAGCUGAUGUCAACGCAGUCGGUUGGCUUGGCAAGACCCCGCUGCACCUUGCUGCGGAAAAAGGACACUACUCUUUAACGGAACUUUUGUUAACAAAGGGAGCGGACCCCACGCUGAGAUCUUGGUGGAAGGAAACAGCCGAAGAGUUGGCAUCCGAGAGACCUAGUUUUAAAGCCAUCUCCAGCCAAGCCUUUCUCGACUCCCUCUAGUCUCUUCAUAUCGGUGCCCGCUGCCUCCUGACUCUCUCCCCUGGCUCAUCUAAUCCAGUGUAGAUGGAUCACAUUUUUAAUGUACUUAUAGUUUUGCAACUUGUAACCACUCCGUUAUUAUAACACCAAUGCAGUGUUAUCAUAUAUAUGUAAAUUGCCAUCUAGAGAUAUUAUGGAUUAUAUGUGAGAAUUAAAUCCUUUACAACAUACAA